CUAGGCAAUCUCUAAAAGGUGAAGCUAUAAUUUGAGUAAUCAAUGGAACUCUUCAAAGUUACUCUUAGUCUCAUAGUAAUAGCUUCCCUCUCAGCCACUCUCUCCUCGGCUCACCCAGGCUUCAAUUUUGGCUGGGGUGGUCAUGGUGGAAGUAGUGGAUGGUCUUUUAGCCUUUUCCCUGAAUUUUAUCAGUUCUCUUGUCCCCAAGCCAAUGACAUUGUGAUGUCUGUGUUGGAGAGGGCCAUUGCCAAUGAGCCCAGAAUGGCUGCUUCUUUGCUUAGGCUUCACUUCCAUGACUGCUUUGUCCAGGGUUGUGAUGCCUCAGUAUUAUUGGAUGAUAGUGCCACAAUAGUUAGUGAAAAGAAUUCUGGGCCAAACAAAAAUUCUCUUAGAGGUUUUGAAGUGAUUGAUGAGAUCAAGGCCAAGUUGGAAGAAGCGUGUCCUCAAACUGUCUCUUGUGCAGACAUUCUCGCCCUUGCUGCUCGUGGCUCCACCGUAUUAAGCAGUGGACCGAAUUGGGAGCUACCAUUGGGAAGAAGGGACUCAAAGACAGCAAGCUUAACUACCUCAAACACUAAUAUUCCCCCACCAAACUCUACUCUCCAAAACCUUGUAACAUUGUUCAAGCGUCAAGGACUCGAUGAAGUUGAUCUUGUUGCACUCUCAGGGGGGCAUACAAUUGGUAUGGCAAGGUGUGUGACAUUCAAGCAAAGGCUCUACAACCAAAAUGGAAACAAUCAACCUGAUCAAACUCUUGACAAGGGCUACUACUAUAAUUUGAAAUCAGUUUGUCCUAAAUCAGAUGGUGACAAUAACAUCUCUCCCUUGGACUUUGCCUCCCCAGCAAAAUUCGACAACACAUAUUUCAAGCUCAUCCUGUGGGGAAAAGGGCUCCUCACUUCAGAUGAAGUGCUUUUCACAGGAAGUGCUGGGACUACUAUGCAAUUGGUUAAGAGAUAUGCUGAGGAUGAGAGCCUAUUCUUCGACCAGUUUGCUAAGUCUAUGGUCAAGAUGGGAAACAUAAGCCCUCUCACUGGUUUUAAGGGUGAAGUUAGGAAGAACUGUCGCCAAGUUGAUUGAGCAACUAAUUAUCUACUUAAACAGUUAAACUGUUUGAUUAAUAAUGCCUUUAUGUAGUGUUGAUUGACAUCCGGUUCUGGUGAAGCUAUGUGAUGUUUGAUUAUUGUUUGUAAUGUAAGCGAGAGCUUUUUAGUAGUACCACUUUUUUUAGAAGAUUUUUUUUUU